AUGACCCUUCACAACCACAGCGACAGCAGUGGACACUUACUCAUGGACGCUCCUGGAUACAUCAAACCGGACCUCCAAGACUUGCUGUUGACCGACAUAACUGCCAAAGAACUACGAGUCAUUGCUGAGGCUAUGGAAGUUGACUAUUUGGGACCAGCAGCGUUUCCAGGGAUGUUUCCGGCAGCAGGAAGAAUUUGGGUUCCAAAUCAUCGACUUAUGGUGACAUUGGUUUGUCGACGCCAAACAACAAAGGAGGCUUCUGCUUGCAACAUCAUCUUUUUGAUUGAUACAGGCUCUCCAACCACGUUCCUAUGCCAGGAAGCCAUGGAAGCAUUGAUCGGGAAGGACUCUCAUCUACCGCAAUCACUCUGGGUUGAAAUCCAGAGUGAAGAAGCCAUCCUGACUCACAUUUCCCCCAAGGGCAGCCAUUUUGCUGAUGUAAACGUGUUGGGAAUGGAUUUUCUUGCCCAGAACAGAGUAUUUCCAAUUCCCAAUUGGAUGAAAAGAACAUUCAUCCUUCAAUAA